ACCCUUAGGUUUCACACGCACCCACACCUAUCUUCCAAAAACCUCCCGAACCCCUCUCACAACUUCUCAUCUCUCACCUUCUCCAUCCAACUCCUCCUCUCACACCCUCUCCGUCCAACUUCUCUCCGGAAAACCCCUCUCCGACGAACCCCUCUCUAUGAACCUCCCCUCUGAACUCCUCUCCAUCAAGACUGUGGCCAAAAUUUCCUCACCUUAUUCCUUCACCUCUUCGUCAAAUAGCAAAUGCCCUAAUCAUCCCAUUUUCUUUCUUAAACCUAGACACAUUAAAACUGCGACGGGCGACGACAGCAGCAGAGAGAUGAUUUCCAUCCUCUCCUCUCUCUUCCGAUUGCAUUCUCUGUUUAAUUUGUCUCUCUCAUUCCACAAAUCGAUUGCCAGAUUUUUGUUUUAUUUUUUCCUUUGGGUCUUUGAUUUUGAGUUAGGGUUUCCUACUCCUACUAAGAUUUGUUGCCUAUGGCGACUUCCAGUGACAUUCCGACAACCCUUGCAGGGACGGGGCCUUUCCUUCGAAGCAGCUCUUCCACCAGGUCAUUCUCCUUUCUGAGGAGUUCCGGUGCCUUUUAUCGCGUUGGCACAAGAGGACCUUGGUGGAAGCUGGCUCUCCGGAUGAGCCUGCGUUCCGAUGCCUUGGUGGAUCUCGUGGAGAAGCAAUCCGCGGAAGCUAGCGCCUCGGCGCUCGAGCAGUUCAAGAUCUCCGCCGAUCGAACUUGCAGGGUGCUCAUGGCGGCGGCCAAGGGUGGGUCCAAGGAAGCAUCAGCGAAGGCGGUGGCCAAGGGGGCGAUGAAGCCCAAGGGGGCUUUUCAUCAGAAGCUACCUUUGUCUCCAGCGAUGAGCAAAUUCCUCGGCAUCCCAGAAAUCGCACGGGUGGAUGCCGUUAAAAAAUCUGGGAGCACAUCAAAGCAAACCAGCUCCAGGGAGUGUGGAUUAUCUCACAAAUCAAUAAUUUUUGUCUUGGAUGAGUUUGAUCUUUUUGCUUAGGGGAAACAACGUUUACUUUAUAGUUUGCUUGAUGCAAUGCAAACAAUGACUUCAUGUCUAGUAGAAGUUCUGAUUCUUAGCACCCCUCUUGUUAGUUCAUCGGCAUUGGAAUUACCAGAGGAUGGCCUACAUGAUCUUGUACAACUUUUAUCGUAAUGUUGUUUUUGUCUUCAUCCUAUUCUGGUAUGUGUUUAUGAACAAUGUUGCAUGGAAUUAUCAAACUUUCAAUUUACCUUUCUUAUGGUUGCAUGGAAUUUACAAAUCUACUAUCUUUAAGAAUGGAUGUGCAUUAUCUCACUAAUUUUCUCUUUAACAUGUUAAUCUAACCUUCCCUGCUUAUCAAUAUGGGGCUGCAUUGCUGCAACACUAUUAUGUGAGAUUAUCAUCGACUCCGUGUGGUUUCUACCGGGUUACUGGGUCGUCUUUAACGUAAUGAGGACUGGACUAUUUUGGCUAUGCUUACUAGGUGUCCUUGUGGCCGGGAUGCUUCCCCAUUUCGUAAUGAAGGCACUGAUCCAGCAUUUCAUGCCUAUUAUGAUUCUGAUUGUUAGAGUUGGAGAAUGCUUACUAGGUGUCCUUUCUUCCAAGCAUUGCUGGUUAUACUUGAUAAAGCCUCAUGUCUUUCAGGAUGCAGACUAACUUCUUGAAAAAAGAGUUCAGUGUAGGUUUUGUCCCAGUCUCAAGCUGACAAUCCUUUUUGAUCAGUAUAUCUAGUAGAAGUAAGCAUGCAGAUCGUUGUCUUCGAGGCUGGCUAGCUAUUUUGUGUUUUUUUUUGUUUUAAAUUCGAAUAUCACUAUUUACUUUGAAACAAAACUAUUUAGUCUUUGUGUAUAGUUAAAUUCUCCUGUAAAUACUAAUACUUUGUAAUUGAAUUUUAUUAUUUUGGUA